AAGUCUCGUUUCGGUUCAGAAACAAUAUGGCUUCCGCGAUUCGAAAGACUCGAUAGUGGUCUGCUUGAAGAAAUGCUAAUGGCACUGGGGAAAGAGGCUCACUUUUCAAUACUUUAUAAUCUUGUUUAAAUAAUAUUAAAGUUUUUCUUUUUAAACGUCAGUGAUGUCUUCAGAUGACUCUGUCUCCCUGACAGAACAUUCUUUCGUAAAAACCGAAGUAUUCGUGUUCAAAUUUCGCCAGCACGGGAAAGACCAUGUCCUCAAUGUUCCAGUCCAAAUACCAUUGGAAACUACUGUGAAAGAACUUGCUUAUAGGAUUAUCAACUGUCACUCAAUAAGCUGUUACGUUGAGGAUGAUCUUGAACUUGCACUGGAAAGGUUUGUAGCUGCAAAAAGAAAGGACUUGCGGAAUCAACUUGACCAUGCAGUGAUAAAAUCAAUCAAAGAGGCACCUGAUUCAGUUGCUGAAAUAGUUGACUCAUGGAAAAAAGCUUAUUCCAAAGAAUAUGUCAAAUAUCAAGACCAAGAUGAUAAAAAUGGAGAUGAAAUAGAAUUUGCAAACAUUUAUCAUGCAUUGAUACAUUCUCCAGCUCUUGACACACUUCUUCAACUUGAACACAGCUAUUCUGUGGCAGUCAAAGAUCUAUGUGAGCAAAGAGACAUGGCUUUGGAAAAGUUGCAGAAAAGACAUGAAACAGACAUGGAAUCGUUAAUCAGGAGUAUUGGAGUCUCUGCAACUGAUGCUGAUGUAAAUAAUCUUUCCAGUAGACAGUUGGAAGAACAUCAGAUUCAAGAAACAUAUUGGUCAAGCACGUUAUCAGACCUUCAAGAAAUCCAAAAGAGAGAAUAUAGGGAAUGGGUUACAACAGUUUAUGAAAAUAUGGUAUCAAAGGAAAAUCUACAUUCUAAAGAAAUCUAUGAAAAUAUUAUCAGGCAGCCAAUCGCGCCAGGGCAAGCAGAUCGAAAUAUGGAUUAUCAUAUUGUCCAAGAAGAUACUGUGAAGAUGGAAGAAAGUUUCACUAUUCAUCUUGGACAUCAGAUGAAGACCAUGCACAAUAUCAGGAUGAUAUGUGGUGAUAUUUUGAGCCUAUGUCGCCAUACAACUACUUUUGUUGGAGGCAACCUCGUCCCGCAACCGCAAAGAUUGCAAACAGCAAUGUCUCUCUACUCCCAGUCGUUGUCAGCUUUGGUUUUGCUGGUUGACGACCGAAUUCAGUCGCAAAUAGGAAUUAAAAAGGAGUUUCGAAAGCAAUGUAUGCAGUCAACAGAGUUCCACUUUACAGAUUUUGAAAAGCAGUUAUGCUCUAUUGAAAAUGUGUUGACCAAGAGACCGAACAGAACAAGAACUGUUCGAACAACUUCAGUACUGCAACGAGCUGGAUUCGACCAAUCAGCUUCGUCGCCAGCUACUACUACGAACCUUCUUCAAACAGGUGACUUCUACGUCACGAGGCAUUCAAACCUUGCGCAAGUGCACGUCGUUUUUCAUCUGGUAACGGACGAGUCAGUCGUGAACACGAAUAUCACUUCAAGGCAUCCCAUCGUUAUUGGCCUACGGAAUAUACUGCUUUCGGCGGCAACGCACAAUAUUACAACUUUGACUAUACCACUGCUGCUGGUGCAUGAGAUGACGGAGAACAUCACAAUUCAAUGGUGCAUGAAACGAGCGGAGCUUAUUCUCAAGUGUGUCAAAGGCUUCAUGAUGGAAGGGCUCUGCUGGGACGGAGACGAUUCAAGAACAAUUCAAUUCAUCGUGCCAGAGGUACUUUAAAUUGUAUUGAGCAACCAUUAUUCGCGUGAUUGUUGUCGUUUUUGUGUUGAGUUACCUAUUUUGCAUCGGAUAUUAUCAAUGAAUUUGAGAAAUACAUCCAAAGCAAUGAACCAUGAAUUGGAAACUAUGAAAGAAACAAAUGUGGAUCUUGCAGAAACAUCAAAAAAUUUAUUAGUAAACAGUGAAAUUUUGUUACUUGUCUAUCAAUGAAAGGAGAUUGAAGCUUGGCUGCCCAAAAUCCAUUAACAUUAUGAUUUGGAGUAUCUGUUUUCUGUUUGCGAUUUAAAGGGUUCUUUUUCUGUGUAUGAUUAAUCGAUUCGCUGUUCGUCACUUAAAGGACCUGCUUUCU